CCUCCCAGGCUGGCAGCGGGACCCCAGCGGCACCAUGUCUGCCCUCGGAGUCACCGUGGCCCUGCUGGUGUGGGUGGCCUUCCUCCUGCUGGUGUCCAUGUGGAGGCAGGUGCACAGCAGCUGGAAUCUGCCCCCAGGCCCUUUCCCACUUCCCAUCAUCGGGAACCUCUUCCAGUUGGAAUUGAAGAAUAUUCCCAAGUCCUUCACCCGGCUGGCCCAGCGCUUCGGGCCGGUGUUCACGCUGUACGUGGGCUCGCAGCGCAUGGUGGUGUUGCACGGCUACAAGGCGGUGAAGGAAGCGCUGCUGGACCACAAGGACGAGUUCUCGGGCAGAGGCGACCUCCCCGCGUUCCAUGCGCACAAGGACAGGGGAAUCAUUUUUAAUAAUGGACCUACCUGGAAGGACAUCCGGCGGUUUUCCCUGACCACCCUCCGGAACUAUGGGAUGGGGAAACAGGGCAAUGAGAGCCGGAUCCAGAGGGAGGCCCACUUCCUGCUGGAAGCACUCAGGAAGACCCAAGGCCAGCCUUUUGACCCCACCUUCCUCAUCGGCUGCGCGCCCUGCAACGUCAUAGCCGACAUCCUCUUCCGCAAGCAUUUUGACUACAAUGAUGAGAAGUUUCUAAGGCUGAUGUAUUUGUUUAAUGAGAACUUCUACCUACUCAGCACUCCCUGGCUCCAGCUUUUCAAUAAUUUUCCCAGCUUUCUACGCUACCUGCCUGGAAGCCAUAGAAAAGUCAUAAAAAAUGUGGCUGAAGUAAAAGAGUAUGUGUCUGAAAGGGUGAAGGAGCACCAUCAAUCUCUAGACCCCAGCUGUCCCCGGGACCUCACCGACUGCCUGCUCGUGGAAAUGGAGAAGGAAAAGCACAGUGCAGAGCCCUUGUACACAAUGGACGGUAUCACCGUGACUGUGGCCGACCUGUUCUUUGCGGGGACAGAGACCACCAGCACAACUCUGAGAUAUGGGCUCCUGAUUCUCAUGAAAUACCCUGAGAUCGAAGAGAAGCUCCAUGAAGAAAUUGACAGGGUGAUUGGGCCAAGCCGAAUCCCUGCCACCAAGGAUAGGCAAGAGAUGCCCUACAUGGAUGCUGUGGUGCAUGAGAUUCAGCGGUUCAUCACUCUCGUGCCCUCCAACCUACCCCAUGAAGCAACCCGAGACACCAUUUUCAGAGGAUACCUCAUCCCCAAGGGCACAGUCAUAGUGCCAACUCUGGACUCUGUUUUGUAUGACAACCAAGAAUUUCCUGAUCCAGAAAAGUUUAAGCCAGAACACUUCCUGAAUGAAAAUGGGAAGUUCAAGUACAGUGACUAUUUCAAGCCAUUUUCCACAGGAAAACGAGUGUGUGCUGGAGAAGGCCUGGCUCGCAUGGAGUUGUUUCUAUUGUUGUGUGCCAUUUUGCAGCAUUUUAAUUUGAAGCCUCUCAUUGACCCAAAGGAUAUCGACCUCAGCCCUACACAUAUCGGGUUUGGCUGUAUCCCACCACGUUACAAACUCUGUGUCAUUCCCCGCUCAUGAGUUUGUGGAGGAUACCCUGAAUCCUCCGCUUUCAAACGAGUUUUUGAAUUGUUUGAGGUCAGGAUUUCUCAAACUGAUUCCUUUCUUUGCAUAUGAGUAUUUGAAAAUAAAUAUUUUCCCAGAAUAUAAAUAAAUCAUCACAUGAUUAUUUUAACUAUACAUUAAGUCAUGGAAUAUCUUAAUUGUUCAAGUGAUUCUCACAGAGAGAGGUUUUUUUUUUUUUUUUUUUUGAGAGUUUUUCUCUUGUUGACCAGGAUGGAGUGCAGUGGCGUGAUCUUGGCUCACUGCAACCUCUGUGUCCUGGGUUCAAGUGAUUCUCCUGCCUCAGCCUACCAAAUAGCUGGGAUUACAGGCACCUGCCACCAUGCCAGCUAAUUUUUUGUAUUUUUAGUAGAGACAGGGUUUCACCAUGUUGGUCAGGCUAGUCUUGAACCCCUGACCUCAGGUGAUCCACCUACCUCGGCCUCCCAAAGUGCUGGGAUUACAGGCAUGAGCCACCGUGCCCAGCCAGAGAGAGGUUUUAAAUAUAUGUUUACUUUAAUAUUAAGUUAUAACAUAACUUUCAUAUUAUUGAAAAGCUUUUCCAUCUAGGAUCACAUCACUUCAGUGUCAGAAACAUAUUGAGAUGGGGAAUUUGUAGUAGGUUUCUCUAAAGGGACAGAAACAAUAGGAUAAAUGUAUAUACGAAAGGGAGUUUAUUAGGAGAAUUGACUCACAUGGUCAUAAGGUGAAGUCCCACAAUAGGCCGUCUGCAAGCCGAGGAGCAGGGAAGCCAGUCUGAGUCCCAAAACCCUAACAGUAAUCCUUUCCUAACGUCAGGAUGCGUAUCGACCUGUGUGUGCACAUUUGCCGUGCAGAGUGUGCACUGCUGAGGAGAAUGGUGCCCAAGGAGGACACUGUUGACCCAAAAUAUUCCAAAUAAACAAUGAUUACAGCCACAAA